AUGGAUUGUGGUGACGAUAACGAUGCACGUCUACAACCGCUAUCUGGUACUCCCUCAUCAACUUCCCUUGCAGACCACAAUGACGCAAAGGACACAAACAACAGCUACAUCAAUCGCGCUUCCAAUGCUCAUGGUCGUGAUGAAGGCCAAACAAGCCUCGCGGCCCGCAAAACAGCGGCUUUGACACUCUUGCAUCUAAGACAGCAAGAAGAGGAGAAGGAGGCUGCUGCUGCUGCUGCUGCCGCUAUGCGAGCAUUGCCCUCCUCCUCCUCUCUUUCAUCAUUCGUCUCUCCCCCACCUACAUCGGGGCAACCUUCGCCUACACUGUCGGCUGUGGGCACUACUACUCCCAGGGGAGACACUACAACUGUUGGUACUGUUACUACCACCACCACUAUUGAUAAUAACAUGGAGCCAUCAGCCCCACCCCCUCACCCAUGUAAUACGAGGGAAUCAUCCAUGGUUGCACCAAAUGAGAGGAGCAAUAAUGGCCAAGCUACUGCUGGUCACAACAAUGAUGGUGAUGCCGACGCUGAUGACGAGGAUGACUACGAGCACGAACAAGAACAUCACAGAAGAAAGAGGAGACGAUUGUUGCUUAUUGGGAGGGCAAAGUCGUUCUAA